GGCUGUUGUGUGUCACGUGAUAUUGUUUUUCCUUAUUCGCAGCGGUCUUUGUGGACGAAGUGGAAAUGGCGAGAAAUGAGGAAAAACAGCAGGGCAGACUGAACAGACUGUGGCUCCAGAAAGAGAGAGAGGAGGGACGCCUCAGAGAUAUUCAUGAGCGUCGACCAAAGCUGUCUACUCUUAAUUCAGCUGCUGCUGUGAAAAAGUGGAUCCCCAGCAUCAAGAAUGAAAUCGAGUAUUAUCUACAGCAAUCGCAACUUUCUCAUUACCCGGAGAGGAAGAUAGGAGAGUUCCAGCUGCACAUUGAGGCCUUAGAGAAAGAGUAUAAGCGCUUCAUUGCCAAACUACGAGUUCUUGAUCCAUCGUGCAAACACAAACCAUGGACUCCUCGAGCUUAUUGCAAACGAAGAGCAGAUACGCAAGAUUCUCCAGGUAUUGUUAAAAACCCUCGGACCUGUGACUCACAAAACGAUGCCAGUCAGCAAAGUGAAAGUGACUUUAUUAGCAGAAUGACAGGAUGUUUUGCACCCACUAAGCUGGUCUCAGAAACCCCAAAGGCCAUCUGUGCAGUUCAGGACCAGCCGCUUUCUUUUGAUCAAACUCGGCUGGCAGUGGCUGCAGCUUCAUUCAGAGGAACACCAGUUCAGCGUAGUUCCUCUCAAACGCAGAGUCUUGCCAGGAUCCUGCAAUGCGGCUUGCCAAAUCUUAAUAAUUCCCUAUCAAGACAAAUAUUUUCAGAGAAAAGCAAAGACGGGGUAUCAGAGGCUGUUGGGCAGAAAGCUGCCUUCCAAGAGAACUGUGAAGCAGCAGGGAAGAUACCUGGGAAGUCAUCCAACACUGAGACAAUGGAGGAAAGGACUGGUCAUGUCUUGGGACUAGACUGUUAUUCUUCUUCUGAUGAUGACUCUGACACAUAACUUGUUUUUUAUAUUAUAUAUUUUGUAAUACAAUGGUUUAUUGAAAACUC